AUGAUACACUUCUUUUUUAUUACAGGAACACUUACACAGAAUGAGAUGAUAUUUAAGCGCCUCCACCUAGGUACUGUGUCCUAUGGAACAGACACAAUGGAUGAAAUUCAGAGUCAUAUUAUAAGCUCUUAUGCACAGGUGCACUCCCAGAGCAGCGGAAACAGCACAAGCUCAACGCCGUCCAGGAAGCCUCAGUCUUCUGCACCCAAGGUCCGCAAGAGCGUGAGCAGCCGCAUCCACGAAGCGGUGAAGGCCAUUGCCUUGUGCCACAACGUCACCCCGGUCUACGAGUCCCGCGCCGGGGUGACUGGCGAGACGGAGUAUGCAGAAGUGGAUCAGGACUUCAGCGAUGAAAACCGGACUUACCAGGCUUCCAGCCCUGAUGAGGUAGCUCUGGUACAAUGGACAGAGAGUGUUGGUCUUACGCUGGUUACCAGAGAUUUGACCUCGAUGCAGCUGAAGACCCCUGGUGGACACAUUCUGACAUACUAUAUUCUGCAAAUUUUCCCCUUCACUUCCGAGAGCAAGCGCAUGGGAAUCAUAGUUAGGGAUGAAUCUUCAGGAGAAAUUACAUUUUACAUGAAAGGUGCAGAUGUUGCAAUGUCCACUAUUGUACAGUACAAUGAUUGGUUAGAAGAAGAGUGUGGUAAUAUGGCACGAGAAGGACUGCGUACUCUGGUUGUUGCCAAAAAAUCACUGACUGAAGAACAGUACCAAGAUUUUGAGAGUCGAUAUAACCAAGCCAAGUUAAGUAUACACGAUAGAACCCUGAAGGUUGCUGCUGUCGUGGAGAGUCUGGAGCGCGAAAUGGAGCUGCUGUGUCUCACUGGAGUAGAGGAUCAGCUACAAGCAGAUGUUAGACCAACGCUAGAGAUGUUAAGAAAUGCUGGAAUAAAGAUAUGGAUGUUAACAGGAGAUAAACUGGAGACAGCAACUUGCAUUGCAAAAAGUUCUCACUUGGUGUCUCGGACACAAGAUAUCCAUAUUUUCAGACCUGUUACCACUCGAGGAGAGGCUCACUUAGAACUCAAUGCCUUUAGAAGGAAGCAUGACUGUGCCUUGGUGAUAUCUGGGGACUCACUUGAGGUUUGUCUGAAGUACUAUGAGCAUGAGUUUGUAGAGCUGGCGUGCCAGUGCCCUGCUGUCGUGUGCUGCCGAUGUUCUCCCACCCAAAAAGCCCAUAUCGUGAAGCUGCUCCAACACCACACUAGAAAGCGCACGUGUGCAAUAGGUGAUGGAGGAAAUGAUGUCAGCAUGAUCCAAGCAGCCGACUGUGGAAUUGGAAUUGAAGGCAAGGAGGGAAAACAAGCCUCCCUAGCAGCUGACUUUUCUAUCACACAAUUUAAACACAUAGGUAGACUGCUGAUGGUACAUGGUCGAAACAGUUACAAAAGAUCAGCAGCACUUGGUCAAUUUGUCAUGCACCGAGGCCUUAUUAUUUCAACUAUGCAGGCUGUAUUUUCAUCAGUCUUCUAUUUUGCAUCUGUUCCCUUGUACCAAGGAUUCCUAAUGGUAGGAUAUGCAACCAUAUAUACUAUGUUUCCAGUCUUCUCUCUAGUAUUGGAUCAGGAUGUGAAACCAGAAAUGGCAUUGCUGUAUCCAGAGCUUUAUAAGGAUCUCACAAAGGGAAGAUCUUUGUCAUUUAAGACCUUCCUCGUAUGGGUUUUAAUCAGUAUUUACCAAGGUGGUAUUCUGAUGUAUGGAGCCCUGCUGCUUUUUGAAUCUGAAUUUGUACAUGUUGUUGCCAUUUCCUUCACUGCCCUAAUCUUGACUGAGCUCUUGAUGGUUGCACUGACCAUACGAACAUGGCACUGGUUAAUGGUGGUGGCUGAAUUCCUCAGUCUUGGCUGCUAUGUGGCCUCUCUUGCAUUUCUAAAUGAAUACUUUGGUAUAGGCAGAGUGUCUUUUGGAGCUUUCUUAGAUGUUGCCUUUAUCACAACUGUGACCUUCCUGUGGAAAGUGUCAGCAAUCACUGUUGUAAGCUGUCUUCCACUUUACAUUCUCAAGUACUUGAAGCGCAAAUUUUCUCCUCCAAGUUAUUCCAAGCUUACCUCGUAAAAGUGAACAUAUUCCUAGGGUUUUUCACACAUGCCAGUCCGCAUAUUGCACAUUCACUGUGCUUUUCUGUCUGUAGUUUGAUGAUGGACUAACAAAAUAAAAGUCAAAAGUAAAGGAGUGGAUGGAGCGCAAGAAGAGGAAACAACUGACAUGCUGUAACAUAAGACUACCAGAAGUAAACUAAAG